AUGCAAGGGACCACGCGCAAAGGAACCGGCCACGAGCUUCGCUACGAGCUUCACGUCGAGUAUCAACCGGAGCCAGACCAGUUCGAAGCGAACCAGGGCAUGGGUCUACAUCUGCUAGCUGGCCCGGGACGAGAUCGACGCGAAGCCGUUCUACAGACAGCUGUUUCCCGUGCUGAACUUGCUCCAGGCGUUGGUUUCGCUGCCGGUCAUCUAUUACCUGCUGGCGGUGGUGUACGCGCGACGGACGUCGAAGAGGACGAAACCGUCAGUCAUGCCGACUCAUCCUCCACCCUCCUCGUCCGCUGCACCGGCGUCACCACCCUCGGCUACUUCGAGCUAGGCAACCGGUACAAUUCCGGCCAGCACGGCCCUCUCUUCUCAGCACGCAGCGACCCGUCCGACCUUUCGACCAUAGACGGCUUCAUCCGCGACACCAAAAUGACGGAGGUAGGCGGCAGUUUAUACCGGGACUAUGACCUGAUCAACGCGAUUGACGAGGCCUCUCUGGGCAACGAAUACUGCUAUUCCGAAAAAGCGAAAGAGCAGCAGGUGCCCAAGAGUCCCGGACCUCUCCUCUUAUCCCUCCACGCCCUCUUCGGCAAUGGCUCCGUCUUCCAUCUCGCGCAGGACCUCGCUCCCCUCGAGGCAACCAAUUCCUCGUCUUCAGCCCCCGAAGAAACCCUCUACCAGCUCCUCUGCCAAGCCCGCCCCUUCCCCUUCCGCCGCACCAGCGAGGAAAUGGCCCGACGAUGCUCAUACUACACCAAGUACUACGCCGGCACCCUGUGGACUAGCGAGAAACUGCACCAUCUCCUGCUUCUUCUUAUCCUGGGCGACUGGUUCGAUAUCGACUUUUCCGGUUACGACUCUGGGACCAGUUACCUCGAGAUGGCCAUGCACCUGGCUUCGCAGACCCUUAUGGAGGCGGCAACGUAUCCGGGUUAUCACUUCGAUGCCUUUCGAACUGACGAGGUGGAUAGGAUCUGGAGCUUGGAAGGUGAGGAGAUGAUUCGAUUUAUGGUUUCGGACACGGCCAUGAUCGUUCUGAGCGUGCUGGUGUGGCGCUGCAGGCCGUAG